AUGAUGCAUGCUGUGCUGCUCUGCUGUGUCUUGCUAUUGCCAGUGGCUGCCUUUCCAAGAAAUGCCCAGAAUGGGGCCCUAACUUUCCAGCCAUCUUUCCCAGAGCUGGCUCCACCAAACAUGCUCUCUAGCCAGGUCCCUCUCCCAGAUGCCAGGUCUUGCCAGGAUCUCUUGCUCAAAGCCCCCUCUCUAGGCCCUUUGCCUGAGUACCUAUCCAACUUAGCUCUGACGGUGGCCCUGGAGGAGGUUGGCUGCCAAACUGAGGCCCACCUUCUGCAGCUUCAGCAAUUUAGGAUGGAAGGAAAGGACGUCACUGAAACCCUCAUCCAUAAGAUUCAAAAGCUCAAUGAAGCGGUAGGGAUUGACAAUGCUAAGCUUAUUCUGAGGCAUUUGGGGGGAUCCGCAAGGGAGUUUGGGCGGGCCUGGCACUCAGUUAACCUUUCUGAGGCAUGUACCCAUGGACAUAGGAGGCUGCUCCACGAUACAGCAGUACUGAUUGUUGAAUUUGCUGAGAAACUCCCUGCCACUGAGCUGAUAACAGAGUUCAAGACUUCUGCCAUCAAUUUCACCUAGAACUGCACAGACGAAGCUUGGGAGCGUGUGGAAGCAGUAAGCAAACAACCGAUGAAAAGCCCUGAAAUUAAGAACUUAUCGAUGUCUGUAGAAGAUCAACUAUACUUUGUUAUUCGUUAUAUAGCCCUUCUGAAGAGCUUUUUGGUGGAAUUAAUACAGAAUUUUUUCCAGGCUUAUUUUGGAUAG